AACAAAGAAAAUAAAGAAUGAUAAAAAAUUAACUAAUACGAGUUAUCUUAACAAAAUGAUCUAAGAGUGUCAAUUCUUGUCGAUGCUGCUGAAGGUUUUAUUUAUAUAUCCUUAAAAAAAAAAAAGAAAAUUGUGUUUUCGUGUAACAUAAUGAAUGUUGUGUGGUGCACCCGGCGGAUAUUUCAACGCCCUCGCCUCGGCAAAUGUAAUCAAAUUUUUAAAAUCGUAACCAAACAAAUAACUACUACACCGAUUCACCCAACACAAAACAGUUCCAACGAAAACACACUGCCAAUACUCUAUUCAUAUUGGCACAGUUCUUGUUCAUGGCGAGUGCGCAUUGCGCUGAAUUUCAAAAAUAUAUCAUACGAAACGAGAGCAAUUAACUUGCGGAAGCCAGAAGGCGAUCAGCAUACCAAAGAGUAUAGCUCGGUCAAUCCUAUGCACCAAGUGCCAACGCUGGUAAUCGAUGGUCACACCAUUAUAGAAUCUAUUGCAAUUAUAAAUUAUUUGGAAGAGACGAGACCAUUACCACCGCUUCUACCACGAGAUACUUACAGCCGUGCGAAAGUUCGUGAAAUUGUUGACAUCAUUGCUUCCGGUAUACAACCGUUACAAAAUCUAAAAGUGCAGAAAUAUAUUGGGAAAGAUAAGCGAAAAGAAUGGGUGCAGCAUUGGAUCAAUAGUGGCUUCGGUGCUCUGGAGAAAAGACUCUCCACUUCGGCAGGAAAAUAUUGUGUUGGCGAUGAGUUUUCCUUGGCUGAUUGCUGCCUGAUGCCACAGGUUUUCAAUGCUAAAAAGUCCGAAAUUGAUAUGCGUCAGUAUCCAAUUAUUUCACGCAUAGAAACUGAGUUGGAAGCAGUACCCGCCGUCAUCGCUGCGCACCCACUGAACCAGCCUGACUGUCCAACUAAAUAAAUAUAAAAAAAAUGUAUUAAUUAAAAUAAAAUUUUUUUAAUUUAUAUUAUUUUAAUUAUAAUUCUGCAAAUAAAAGGAAGUAGGGUAAGUGUACCAAGGUUUUUUACAAAAGAU